UUCUUCAACUCUCAAGCAUCGUCCGGUGCUUGAGAGAGAGUUUCACUCUUUUUGUGUGAAAAAAACAACACAAAAUGGCGGGUGAUGAUGAUCCAAAACCGCCCGGUCUUGAAGAAGACAAGGACGAUGGUGAUCCUUACUAUGAACCCUUUUCAGAAGAGGAACUCCAAAACCUUAUGUCUAAUCAAAAUCCAAACCUGAUGGAUUUUGCUUUCACCGAGAAUCCGGUUCCUCCUCCUACUCCUACUCCGAUUACUAUCGCAACAUCGGAUAUAAUCGAAACCGAGAUGUUGAAUCAACUCUCACUUACAAUCCCUAACUGUGAAGACACAGACGAUUUUCUUGUUACAUCUUUUGACGAUGAUAUUGACCUCUCUUGGGACUUGUCCGAUAUUCCAUCUGAGUUUCUUAGCGACAACAUGGACAGUAAUAUCAUAGGAGAGAUUGGUACUAAUCAAGAUAAUGGUAACAUUGUUGGUGGAACUGGUACACUUGAAGUGAGUACUUGUGUUUUUGUUGAAAACGGUCCGAACGUUGAAACCGGUGGUGGUUCAUCAGCGCCGAUUACACCGACAGUAUCCAUCGGCAUACUCGUGUGCACUUGUUGCAACCUUCUUCGAACAUUAAUCCAUAGCAAUGGUCAGGAGAUGAUGAGACUUGAUUUUCAUGGAGGGAUAGGGUACUUCUGCCAUGCGAUUCUAGAGAUUCACCGGCUUGAUGGUUCUACCGAACCGCAAUAUCAAACCAUUGAUUUGAAGUUUUUGUCGAUGGAGGAUGUGAAGAGGUUUAUAGAAGAUUAUCUCGCGGCGAGAGCAGCAUGCGGUUUUGGAGUUGUGGAAGACAUUAAUGCUGAUUUCUAUCAAGCAAUGAAUGCUAACUUUUCCAAUAACCAGCCGCCUAUGUUGGCGUUGCCACCGGUCGAUGAUGUUCCAAUGCCUCAGGCUAUAGUGCCUGAUCCAGCCCUUAAUGUUCCGUCUGUGCCGCUGUAUGUUGGGUUGAGAGAUGAACCUCCAGUGUCGAAAGGAAAGAAACGGAAACAAACCCCUCUCGCAAUACAGAGAGAACGGACUGGAAAACUAAAACUGAAGGACAUCAGCAUGCACUUCCAUCUCCCGAUUCAAGAAGCGGCUAGACGGAUGAGCCUGUGUCCGACAGUGGUUAAGAAGAUAUGCCGAAGGGGUGGGCUCUAUCGAUGGCCCCAUCGCAAGAUCAAGAGUCUCCUGAGGAAAAUCUCGUCAUUGAAAAGCUCGUUAGAGACAACAAAGGAUGCACAAGCGAAGGCCCGGGUCGAAUCAGAGAUUGAAAGACUCGAAAAGCAGAUAAGCGAGAUCUGUAGUGAAGCACUCAAAUACGCUUAAGUGAUCCUUUUUUUUUUUGUUGAAUUAAAGGAAACAUGGAAUAUUUUUCCAGAUGAUUUUACAA